GUGGGAUGGCUGGGAUCAUGGAAUGCAACCUGCACCGCCCUGAUGAAGGGGCGUAAACAGUAAGUGCCUAUUUAACUACCAGGUACCUGUUUAGUCCAUAUCAUGAUGCCUCGGCGGAUUCUGCUCUGAUCACUUGCCUCCCCCCUCUCUCAAUGCUUCAAACGAACAGACUUAGCAAUGGCAGAGAAGAUUCUCUCCGAUCUUGGUCUGCUGCUAUCACCGGGAGCCUCUAUCGCUCUACGCGAUCAUGCUGACUUCGCCAAGUUGACGGAUCGGUGGAGAGAGUGGCACGCGCCGGAGGUCGCUGCUGUGGUUCGAGUGGCCACCGAGGCAGACGUGCAGCAGACGAUACGCUUCGCCGCUCAGCAUGACAUCCCUUUCGUGGCGAGAGCCGGGGGCCACGGGGCAACCGACGCUCUCGGGAACGCGAAGAACGCAAUCCAACUUGAUCUUCGCUCCCUGAACCAGGUCAGAGUGCUGGAGGACGGCAAAGCAGCUAUCAUCGGCGGCGGAGCGGACGCAAAGCAGGUUGUGAGUGAGUUGGAAAAGGUUGGAAAGCGAGCAGUGACUGGCGUGUGCGAAAACGUCGGCAUCUCGGCCGUCAUCCUCGGCGGAGGCCACGGAUACCUGCAAGGAAAGUAUGGUCUCGCUGCCGACCAGGUCAUCUCGGCUCGCCUCGUGCUGGCCGAUGGCGAGGUGAUCACCGUGUCAAAAGAUAGCCAUGCCGACCUGUUCUGGGCAGUUAAGGGCGCGGGACACAACUUCGGCAUCGUCACGGAGUGGGAAUACCGCAUCUACGACGCCCCGGCCCACAAGUACGCCUACGAAACGUUCAUCUACUCGGGAGACAAGCUAGAGGCCUUUUUCGAGCUUGCAGACCGCAUGCUCCAAGUUCAGCCGGCAGAGGUCACGCAGUGGACAUACCUCGUCAAGAUCCCUCCGAUUGAUGCGGAUCAUCCCGUCAUCUUCUUCUGCCUCGUCUACGACGGCCCAGCCGGUCCAGCGAGGGAAUACGCCGCCCCCUUCCACGCCGUCGGCCCGCUCUCCACCCAAGCGGGCGAAGCCAGCUACCACGAGCUGGCCGUAGUCACCUUCCAAGACGCAGACGGCCUCGGGUGCGCGUACGGCUCCACGUCGCUGCGCUUCCCGACGGUGCUCAAGGCCUACAACCCGGCCGCGCUACGGAAGGUGUACGACGACUUCGACGCGACACUGCGCGAGGUCCCCGCGCUCGCCGGCACGCUCUGGCUGAUCGAGGGCCACGCCGUGCAAGGCGUGCAGGCCGUCGACCCGGACUCGACCGCGUUCCCGCACCGGAGCGAGCGCGUGCUGAUCUCCCCGUUUAUCAAUUACAAACCCGACGCGGCGCUGGACGGCGUGGCGCAGGCGCUGGGGCGGAGGACGCGGCAGUAUUUGGUGGACGGGAGCGACGAGCCGGGCAGGCUGAAGGCGUACGUCAACUAUGCGCACGGGGACGAGCCGCUCGGGGCGGUGUACGGGUGGGAGGAGUGGAGGUUGGAGAGGCUGCGGGCGCUGAAGGGGAAGUAUGAUCCGAGCAAUCGGAUGCGGUACUAUGUGCCUGUACUGUGAUGUGGAAAGUCUUGGUAACCUGGAAUAAGGUGUGACGGAGCAGUCGGCGUCCAUGGGACAGUUUGUUGCUACUUCCCCCACGGUUCUUGGCUCCUCGCCGCAUCCGUACCAUCAUGGCAUCAUCGCCUCUCCGGGGGGGCCGGUCCGGUGGAAUCGCGCAGGGAAUUCGAAACUCGCCACGUGCUCGCCUCGCAGAUGCCGAACUUGAUCCACCACAGCGCAGGAACAGGCGGAAAGUACGGCAGUUGCAUCCACACACCCACACAUGUGUAACCCUCGAAAUGGAGAAGUGGAGAAUUGCAAGUUUCUAG